ACGAUUGGCGCAUAUUGUUUCCUGAUAGCAGAGGGCUGCUUGAUUUGUAGUCGUUGCUGGGGAAUUCAGUGACGGUGAGUGACUCGCGUGAAGGUAACCUCACCCUCAUCACUGUUUAGCUUACCAGCAGGUAGCGCUGCCUCACGCACACCGAUCCAAAGAGGGAAAAAAAGUUUGAGUGUUGCUCUGAGAUUUAACGCUUGCGCAGAACAGGUUGCUUGGCCAGUUCCUCUGGUUGACUUACCUGAGAGGUACAUCAGUUUCGGUCAAUAACAGAAGGGAACUAACGCGCCAUCAUUUUAGCCGAAUCUGGACUCCGGUGAGCGCGAGGGGAAGUUCAUUUAAAGCGCAAUUACUUUUUAUUGAAACAAACAUCAAACGAGCGAAAGGAUCGGAGUAUCUUCCCGUGGCUUUUGGCAGGUGCGCUCGUGUUUUCUCGUCCGUACGCCACGAGGAACGGAGCUCGUGACAGGUCGCCGUAUCCCGACUUGUCCCCUCUGCAUUGCACGCCUCAGUCCGGUAGACGCCGCCUUUCUUCAUCGCGGAAAGCAUUGGAAACAGCUGGAUGCCUUCCUCUUGAGCAGUCCGGUAUCGGUGCCGUUUUCCAGGGUUGAUUAAAGCGCUGUCUCGCGGGGGAAAGAUGAUGGGCUUUCUGCGCAGGACGUUUAGCCGUCGGUCAAAGCGACGCUUUCGGACAUCAGACGAGCUGGACGGAACUGGCAGAGGCGGAAACGCGGUGCUGCAGGCUCACCAGCAGCAGGUGAUUCACGCGCCGACCGUAGUGACCGGGGGAGCCGUAGUCCACAUCCCCGCUGCGGGCAACAGCAAAGACGCCAUCACAUGCAGAGUCCUGUUGCUGGACGGAUCAGAUGUCAGUGUGGAGUUACCGAAACAUUCCAAAGGACAGGAUCUGUUUGAUCAGAUUAUGUAUCAUUUGGAUCUGGUGGAGGCUGAUUACUUCGGUCUGCAGUUCAUGGACCAAGAGCAGGUUGCGCACUGGCUGGAUGCAGCCAAACCCAUAAAGAAGCAGAUUAGAUAUGGACCUCCGUACAGAUUGUUUUUCAGGGUUAAAUUCUAUUCUUCAGAGCCCAAUAACCUUCAUGAAGAGUUCACCAGGUAUCUCUUCGUACUGCAGCUUAGACAAGACAUACUGUCCGGCAAGUUAAAAUGUCCGUAUGAUGUGUACGUGGAGCUCGGGGCUUAUUGCUUACAGAGUGAACUUGGGGAUUGUGAUCCAUUAGAACACUCUAUUGUGUUGGUAUCAGAGUUUCGCUUUUCACCCAAACAGACGGAGAUUAUGGAGGCUGAUAUCUACCGCAAAUGGGCUGAGUGCAGGGGAAUGAGUCCUUCUCAAGCUGAGCUAAAUUUUCUGAAUAAGUGCAAGUGGCUGGAGAUGUAUGGAGUGGACAUGCACUUUGUGAAGGGACGAGAUGGAGGAGAAUAUGCUCUGGGACUCACACCAACUGGAAUCCUUGUUUUCGAAGGAUCUAGCAAAAUUGGCCUCUUUUUUUGGCCUAAAAUAACCCGUCUUGACUUCAAGAAGAACAGACUGACAUUAGUAGUGGUGGAGGAUGAUGAGCAGGGCCGAGAGCAGGAGCACACGUUUGUGUUUCAGCUGUCGAGUUCACAGGAGUGUAAGCACUUAUGGAAGUGUGCAGUCGAGAGCCACGCCUUCUUCCGGCUCAGACAGCCAACCCACAACAAGAGCAGCCGCAGCGACUUCACACGCCUCGGCUCGCGGUUCAGAUUCAGUGGAAGGACCGAAUAUCAGGCCACACACAGUGGUAAAGUCAGGAGAGCAAGCACUUUUGAAAGAAGACCAAGUAAAAGAUACCCCUCACGAGCCCAGUCUAUGGCCAAGGCCAUGACUCCAGCAAAACAUCCCCAUCUAAGUGCACAGACCAGCCCUGAGCCAAGCUUAAAACCGGGGUUCCAUAGAAAACCCCAGAACCUUUAUAAGCACAACAUUCCAAUUGCACAGGAACCCUGGCAAAGAUCACACGCGUCUAGUCUGACCCCUCCACUAUACGUACAGCCCAUGGAACUGGGACACGCUCCACCACCACACAGUUUCCCUUUGAGCACUGCAGACACCCGGAGGUUUAGUGUGGAAGAGAACGAAGCUCCUCAUUCUGGAAAGAUCCAUCGCUGCUACCAUCACCUCGGAUAUGAAAAACAGGAAGCGCUGUGCCUCACGACAGCUAAACCUAAAGCUUGGGUUGUGUCUCCUGGACUCUCGGAUGAGUUGGAUCGAGCUCUGCAGAACCAGCUAGAAGCAGAACCUGCAGCCUGGCCGGCCCUGCACAUCAACAUAGACAUGGCAGAGGAAAAACCACUUUCCGAGAAAAGUCUUCCUUCCUCCCCUGCAGUUUUACAGGAACAACUAAAGAGCAACAUCUCUAAACGAGCCACCCAAAGUGAUAGUGGAACCUCGAAAGGGAACUCUUCAAGUGGAGACCAAACUGACAGAUAUCCCAGCUCCUCACAGGAUUCAGGCUCAAGCAGUCUGAACAUAGAGAAGCCAAGAGUGGACCGGCGCAAACGCCUGGUCAGACAGUUCAGCUUUAACCAUAGUGAUGAAGAUGACCUCCCUGAGGCACUUGCAGCCAUCUCCUCCCAGUGCAAUAUGGUAAAAUCCUCAUCAAACAGCUCCUUGGACAAACAGGUCCAGCCACCCAUAUAUCCACCGCAGAAGGAUACUCCACGUUUGGAGCAUGACAGCUCCCCGCUGUUCUUUCCAAGUCCAGUACCUCACCUGCUACCAUAUGCGGCACAUACAGAAAGCUCUGAAGACCUGCGGAUGGAGAGAGAGAAACUGCUGAGGGCCCUAUUAAUGACUGAGCUUUGAGACAACACACUCAUUUGCUUACAGACAACAAAAACUACACAGAAAGAUGAGCCCUUAACUCAAUGCACUAAUGUAUUUCACUGUUACACAGCAUAUGGACCUGAACAAACCUCUAUGCUAUAAGCAUUUUGCUAAUACCACACAGCAGUGUUUAAAGAAGUAACAAAAACAUUUGUUUGCUUGUUCUGUUCAUAGCAUGGCAUCGGCAUUGGCGCUGUAAAAACUGACAUAAUGACUCUUUAACUUUUAAUAAUUCUUAUCACUUAUUUUUCUCAAUGUUUUAUAAUCUGUCAAUGGUUUUUUGAAGGGCAGAGUUUAUUUAAACGCCUCAGGCUCCGCUUAAAGCUGUCAGUGUUUAGGCCUACUGUAUUUGGCUAUGUUCGGAAUAGCAUACUACUGUACUACACAUACUUUUUUUCUGUAGUAUGCAGUAUGUAUACUGUGCACAAUAUGCAAAAUACCUGGAUGAUCUUCUACAUAGUGUACAACAGAGCACAGUGCCUGGGUCACUAUAUCCCAUAAUGCAAUGCAUUCAAACGUGACUUGUGAACUUGAAUAUCAGCUGUAACUUUUAACAUCUGUUUUAAAUCAUUAUUUUACUUGACCAGCCCCAAAGACAUUUUACUUAUAAUUUUAAAUACAUUUUUACAUACAAAAUUUUAAAAUUGGAUUAAAAUAACCUUUUAUUUCUGAUAUAAUUAGUGCCACUUAACCUGAAAGCAUAAUGAGGUCAUGUAACUAUUUAGCAUACUACGGUUUAAAACGUGCCCUUAUAUAUUGUACUGCAUCAGAUACUAUUUUCAGACGGUGUAUAUAUAGUGUGUACUGCGCAACAUGCAGUUAGUAUGCUAGUUAGUAUUCUAUUCUGAACAUGUGCUUAAAUGUCAUGCAAAGUUAAAGGUUUCUAAUAUAUAUUUUGUGAAAAAUUGUAUUGCUAUAUCACUAAUAUACAUUUCAUAUGAAACUGCAGUUUUAUACAAUAACCUCCUUUCUCUCUUGUAAUAUAAAAACAAGGAAGAUAUUUCCGGAAGUACAUUGACGAGAUCAAGCUUUGAUGAUCACAUUGCCCACUAGAGGGCGUUAAAUACGCAUUUCAUGUUUGCCUUUGAGAAGUAGAUCAGGAGAAACAAAAUGAAAUGU